UAUAAUUCUCGAAUGCCCAGUCCUUCAAAAUCGUCGUCGCAAUACUCCACCCCCAGCUCGUCCGGACGCGGGAAUUCUGCCCACUCCCGCAUUUUUCACCCAGCCAGCCGCUUCUUCUGGCUCAUCCUCAACCUCGGUGGAUGCUGAAACUAUUGAGAAAUAUGUUCAAGCUGCUAUCCAGCGGAGCCUUCCAACUGCUAUAAGCUCCGCAUUCGCCACUAUGCAAGGUUCAGGACGCGACGACGGGGAGGGAGGUCGGUCACGGGAGUAAACAUGGGCGCAUCUUUCAGUUAGAGGACCUUUCGGAUCAGUCACUC